CUCACACAGGUACCACAAGAACUUUCGACACAACAGCAUACCUAGUGUGUACUGCGGCAACGAGCACUUGUGUCGAGGCCUUGUGUACCGACAGCAGCUGUCGCUUCAGAGGUUUCUUUGGAGUUUGGAGUGCCGAAGUAACACGGACGGCGAUCCCGUGUGUGUGGUCGUUUGAUCUGUCGGACUGCUGCCCUCUGGUCCGUGUGGAGACUAUCUACCAUGACUUGUGGGGGACAAAGGAAGAAGGCCGUUGGGGAGGCAAGGAGGCGCACAGCCGGGUUCGCAUUCGUUCUGUUGGUGGCUCAUCUAGCAACAGCCCGCCACCACACGGUCUCGGCGAGCACUGCUGCCGCCAUCGGCGGGGAGAACGGCGUUGGUGUUGUCGACGGUUCCUCUCUGAAAGGAGGCGUCCUGUCGCGGUCCCUUCAGGAGGAGACGCCUUCCCCUUCCCCGGGAGCGGAUGAUGAGGAGACUCCCGUUGAAACCCCGACUCCGGUCGCGGAAACAGAUGGAGGAGAAACUCCUGCUCCCGAAGAGGAAGGAAGCGAGACGGUCGAAACGCCUGCACCGGUGCCCCAAGAGACUAGUGUAGGAGAGACACCGACCCCGGUGACCGAGGAAGGGGGGGCAUCUGACGCCCCCACCGAAGGGGCUUCUGAAACGCCUGCCCCGAUGGCUGGGGAAGCGGGGACACCUGAGACCCCAACCCCGGUGGUGGAGGAAGGAAGCGAAACGCCUGCCCCGGUGGCAGGGGAAGAGGGGACACCUGAGACCCCAUCCCCGGUGGUGGAGGAAGGAAGCGAAACGCCUUCCCCGGUGGCAGGGGAAGAUGAGACGCCUGAGACCCCAACCCCGGUAGUGGAAGGAAGCGAAACGCCUGCCCCGGUGGUGGAGGAAGGAACUGAAACGCCUGCGCCGGUGGUGGAUGAGGGACCGUCUGAGGCCCCAACCGAAACAGCUGCCCCCCUUGAGACGUCAACCUCCCCCACCGCUGGCGCGAGUGACCCUGUUGGUGAGCAGUGGCAAGGUUAA